AUGGAUCCAGAGAACCUCCAGUUCUUCUCGACAGCUCGCUAUGACCCUGAGCUAAGAAACGUGCCCAGUCUCGGACUUGGCCACGCUGCUUGGAACUUUCGCAAUAGCUCCCCGUUCUACCUCCUCGACUAUCAUCGGGACCGCAUCCUCGAUGCAGCCAGGCAUUGGGACUGGGAACGAGCUAUAGCACAGCUCGAGGGCCAGCAGGGACUGGACAGGCUGUCGCGGGGUCUCGAGGAUCUCGUCGGGUCCGAGAAACACCCAUUGCGCCUGCGCAUAGUCAUUGAUCGUGAGGGAGUCUUGGGGCUGGAGAAAUUUGAGUUCCCACAAAUGCCCAUCACAGGGCUAUUCCCUCGCCGAUUGCCCAAGCCAGACGGCUCUCCUCUAGCAGAUGAACCCCCAAAGUCGUCACCCUAUAUGCUGUUGCUGGAUACUGGGGACACAUCAAGUUCACAGUACACCCACUUCAAGACCACGAACAGGGCAAUGUACAAUGUGGCCCGUGACAGGGCUGGCAUAUCACCCAAGAACCGCAAGGAAGUCCUUACGGUCGAGGAUGGCUUCGUGGUCGAGGGUAGCACCACGACUCCCUACUUCUGGAGAGGCAACAGGUGGGUCACUCCGCCUGUCUCGAGCGUCCGUGGCGGGCAGGAUGGCGUGAGUCGGCGAUGGGCUUUGGAAAACAACUUGGCUGUCGAGGAAACGGUGCCCGUCAACACAUUGGCGGAUGGAGAAGAAUGCUGGAUCAGCAAUGGCGCCAGAGGGUUCACGUUUGCGCUUCUCCGCCUUGAAAGACCGUGA